CUUCUGAUUCUCUCUGCAUCCUCGGUUUGUCCUUGUUCUCCUCUCGUUACCUGUCCGUUUGUCCAAGUCCUUAUCUGUUGAUUGGUCACCGGACCCCUUUCCGCAGUCGGGGAUUCCGGAGUCGGAGAUUCCGCAGUACACAAAGUUAGCUACUCCUUUGGAAAUCAUAUGGACGCAGACAUUCGACCAUACAGUAGUUAGCAUUCACGAUGUCACGAAAUCUCCUCGAUAUCGAUCUCCCGAUUGAACCACUCCCUCUCUAUCGUCGGGACCCCGAAACCUCCUCAACCCUCUCCUCUGCCCCAUCCUACGUCUCCGAAGCACCCACUUAUUACAGCCAGAGGCCACAACCUGCCUCCGAACGCACAAGCGAAGACAACAUUCGACUGCCAUCUAACAGCGGGAACCAUGCCUCCAACAGCAAUGCCAUCCCCACCCCGCUAGUUCCUCACGUCGAGGAAAGCACCCCGUCGACCUUCCAGCGUCCUCCCGCCCCAAGAUAUGCCCCUGGCUUCGCCCCCCGCCCCGAAGGGCCCCAAGCCCACUUCGACAUGCGCUCCUAUCAAGUCGGCAACUUUAACACAUUCAACGCUAACCGCCAACUCCACGCUGUCGCCACCCGCCGCGCAAAGCAAGCCGCAAAGCAAGCCGGAUACAAGCGCUCUGCCACCUCCCUCCCCACCGCCGGCCCCUCGUCUCAACCAACGAGACUGCCGCGCACAGUCACCGCACCCCACCCUCCUCCACUCGCUCCCCGCUCUCCCUCCCCCAUCCACCUCACCUCUCCCGCCAGCUCUUCCUCCCUCCUCCCCGCCACCGCAGCCAACACCCACAACACCGCCUCCCCCCACGAAGACCCCGACCUCGUCGGUGAAGCCGCAGCAUCGCGCGCACGCGCCUCCCGCCAGUACCGCGAAGCGUGCGUGGGCCCGUCGUCAGCGCGCACGGUGAUGGCGACGGCGGCGCAGUAUCGGGCGUUGGCGGGGGCGUCGGCGGCGGGGGCGUCGGCGGCAGGGGCGUCGGCGAGGGAGCAGGGAGGGGACUUCGGGGCGGAGAAUAAGGCGUGGGAUUUUUUGGUGGGGCAGAUGAGUGAUUGGGGGGAAAGGGAGAGGGGGUGGUCGAGGUUUCGGGAGAGGGUGGUGAGGAUUGGGACGGAGAGGAGGAGGGGGGUGGGAGGAGGGGAAGCAGGAGGGAGUGGUAGGGCGAGCGGGGUGGGAGGGACGGCGGGGAGUCGGGCUGUGGUGUCGAGUUCGUCUAUGGUCAUCGACAGCGGCACGGAGAGGGGGUUUGGGGCGUUUGGGGUAGGAGCGGGGAUGGGAGGCAGGUUGGGCGGGCGGAAGGAGUGGGGAAGCAGGAUGUAAUUCACGUUGAUACUAACGAAGCAAGACCACUGAGCGUGAGAAGCAUCGGAUCGAUGAACAGCGUACAUGGUUGGGAUUCAGUUAUGAUGCGAUGGUCCUUAGCGACGGCACGUUGAUGACUCUGCGAGACACGAAUUAGCAUAGAGGCAUUCCUGGCGCUAGGGUUUCUAUUAGGCCUACCAAAUUUUUCAUGAUCAUAGCAUCCAGCUCGACUCUACUGAUCCUCUCCAUUAACCUACAUUUCACGCCGUUUACUCGUCUUCAGUUCCACUCUGCCUGUUUUUGGAUCCAUAGACUAGUUAUCCGACAUCAUAGCCCUCCUUGUUCCCAGCAAGAAUAUUAUCCAGACAAUGUCAGUUUUCAGGUCUUCACCACAUCGCCCACUCUGAU